UGUACAUUGCUGUUUAAAAAAACAGGUUGUAGCCUAGGUGGUCUGCAGAGCAAUUGUAGUUAAUGUAAUCUUUAAAGAAUAUAGGCCACAUGGACCUUUUGAUAUAUUUGGUGUUGUGCGCUCUGUGUGCAGUUUCCAAUGCAGCCAAAAAAGGCGAGGAUGGCGAAUGGGUGAAUCUCCCAAAUAAAUGUGAAGUAUGUAAAUUUGUAAGCAUCGAAAUGAAGUCUGCAUUUGACGAAACUGGGAAGACAAAAGAAGUGAUCGACACCAACUACCGCUUCAUAGACGGCAAGGGGUCCGCUCCAAUCAAAUAUGUGAAAUCCGACAUACGCUUCAUCGAAGUGGUGGAGAAUGUGUGCAAGAGGCUACUGGAGUAUAAUCUGCACAAGGAGAGGACAGGAAGCAACCGCUUUGCCAAGGGCAUGUCCGAGACCUUCUCCACGCUGCAUAACCUGGUGCACAAGGGUGUGAAGGUGGUGAUGGACAUUCCUUACGAGCUGUGGAAUGAGACCAGUGCCGAGGUCGCUGACCUCAAGAAACAGUGUGAUGUGAUGAUAGAGAAAUAUGAGGAGGUCAUUGAAGACUGGUAUAAGGGAACUCAGGAGGAAGAUCUCACCACUUACCUCUGUGAGAAACACGUUUUGAAGGGACAGGAUCAAGCUUGUCUGAAUGAACAGUGGAAAAAGAAGGGAGACUCUGCUGCCUUGCCAGAGAAGAAGAAGAAAAAGAAGAAGAAGGGCAAGAGCAAGGACAGCGAGGAUGGACAGAGCAAGAAGAAGGUGAAGAAGAAAAAGAAGUCUGUGACAGAGCAGGGGAAGGGCAAAGGGAAGAGCAGUGCUGGCAAGGACGGCUCUGUGGACGAGAAGAUCCAGAAGAAGAAGAAUCUGCACGGCGAGAAGACGGAACUCUGAAGAAUGGAGCCGAGGGAGAGGGGGGAAGGUGGUAGAUGUGACACCAUGUCUGUAACCAUAUCCUGACUAGGGUACCAUGCAUUGCUGGUGUUGUACGUCCGCGUGCAUUUGUGCGUGUUGCCAUGGUCCCUCCCUCACUCACUGGCCGGACAGUCCCCGGGAGAGCCAGUCCUCUGCCCUCCAUGCCACACUGACUCUUUUCCAUGCCACACUGACUCUUUUCCAUGCCACACUGACUUUCUAUGUUUGUAUGUUUGUGUGAAAACACUGCUUCACAAAGCUUUAUUCAAUCCACUGAGCCUUUGUUUCAAUGUAUGUGUCCUUUACAUUUCCUGUUCUCUCUCUCUCUUUCUCUCUUUUUCUCUCUCUUUUCUGUCUCAUUCUACCUCCAUUCCCACAAUCAUUCCUACCCUUCUGCACUGUUACAGGAGGGAGAUGAGGUCUAAAUAUAACUCUGAUUAAACAGCAUGAGAGGCACCUCGCAGGAGCCUUCUCCUAAAGCUGGCCGCUAUGUCAGGGGCUCAUCAGGCUGCAGAUGAAAAACGCCACGGUUAUGAGAGUGGUGAUUGGUCAGUGUUGUGCUGACAGAGGCCUUUCCAGUGCUUAGUGUGUGUGUUCAUUUGUGUUACUCCUGAAAUGUCCUUUUUCAUGACAGAUUAUGAGAAUUUUAGUCAUGGGCUGUUUGGGUAGACCACAGUUGAGGGGCAUUUUAUUUAUCUUUAAAAUGAGAUUAUAUUGAAAUUGUUUUCCUUAGUUACUUCCCAAUUGCUCUGUUUCUUUUAGCAUGUUCUUUUAAGUAUACUGUAGCCUGUAACUAACAUCAUUUCAACUUGUCUCCAUGACAUACCCAUUGAGUUGUAUUAACCUUAAGCUGUUUGCCUACUUUCAGUAUGUGUAGUGGGUUACUGUUCAGGACACCAUUGGGAAAUGUGGACUGAGCUGUUGGAUUUGAAAUGAAAAUCUGGUUAUAAUCUCCAGCUCAGGGUGCUUGGCAACCUCUGUGAAGUGAAGGACUGUGCAACCUGAUUAUAGUAUUUUUAGUAGCAUUAUUAUUAUUAUUAAGUAAGAAGCCAUUCCAGUACAUUAUGAGGUCAAGUGCAUUCCAAUGACUAUCCUCCCCAUGGUGUUGUUUUUUAACCCAUAGUAUGCAGUUUACAUGGCAGGGUGCAAAUCACCAAUGUAAACUGUAGUGUUACAUAUUGUGAUAUAGUGUUACAAACCUUUCCAUGCUCUUGCCUGAAUACCUUUCCAUCAUCUUCGCUUUCUUGAGGUAGUGCGCCUCAAAUAUGGUCCUGUUCUUAUUUCCUUCUACUUGCUGUUUAUUUUAGUAUUUUAACUACUGAUUUGGGGAACCUAUAAAGCUGUAUGUUUAAAGAGGAAAAAAUGGUUAGGUGUAGGGUGUGGACCAUCAAUAUGUGUUUUAUGCAUUUGCUAUUUGUUUCUUAUUUUUUAUUGAUCAUGAGUGAAUGAAGGUAAAUGUGUGCAGUUAAUUUCUUUGCUUUAUUUAUAUGAUUUGCAAAUUCUUUGCAUUUGCUUGUUUGUUCAUUUGUUUGUUUGUUUGUUUCACGUUUGCACUGGCCUGUAAAACGGUUUCAGCCUACUGUAAGUAUGCAGCAGCAGAGUGAAUGUGGGCCUGCUGCACGUAAGCUGUGCUGCAGUGUGAAGAUGAGCCGUGUUCAGGGCUGGAAGGGCGAUCUGGCAGCCGCUUGUUAGACAUCUUCCAGUGGAGCUUGCAAUAAAGUCCUGCUAUUGUA